CCGUCUCGUCAUAUCAUACCACGUGCAAAGACAAUGGCGGUAGCCGAUUUUCAAAAUGAAGAGAUAGCAUGUGGUUGUCAGUUCAAAAAAUCAUGGCAAGGUCGAUGGUUCCAAAGUGGCGUGCCCAAUUAUCUUUUUAUCAACGGUUCAUAUAUCGACACAAAAGGAGAGUGCUACGAAGAGGAAGGGGAUAAAUAUUUAGUCUAUGAAAAACAAGACAACUGCUUCAGAUGCUUGGUGAUCCACCCAAAACACCCCAGCGUUCUCCAAUACAAAGAGACUUUUUGUGAACCGAAGGCAUCACUUGCCGACAUUUGCUCCAUGAUAACCGGGGACGCUUUCUUAUACAGCUUAUUUCGGAAGUACCCGGAAGCCAAGCCCAUCACUUGCCCGUUUAAGAGCGCCCCGUUCACCUUCAGCUAUAACCGAAUGACGGGUGACUGCAGCAAUCCUCCUAGCAAGGCGGAAAGCUGCACAGACGACUCUAGAUUGGUGCUCAAGUAUCAGGCUUGUCCGGACGUGCACGGGUCUGAGAGUAACGUCGAAGAACUGGUGUGUCUAGCUACGUGGAAAGAAGGGUCAACCAGAUAUUUGAUGGGCAAAAUUUCGCAAGGCAACAGAAGAAGCGCUUCGGACGAGGCCCAGUACAGGUGUUUCAUCUACCAGAGAAGCACUGAGAACGGGAAGACUAUUUACAACGUCGCUGAAUCUGCGGACGCCACUUGUACCGGAUUGGAUGCCACUGCCUUAGAAGGUAGUAGAACCAUGAAGCUUACUACGGUGGACGAUCAGCACAAAAGAUGCAAAUUUCCCGUCUGGAUAACCGACCACCACACCUGGCUCAGCCUGGACCACCACAAGACUUACAAGUUCUCACAGAGAAACGCCACCUUGAAAAUCCUAGACGACGAACCGCCGAAACAGAACAAGGUUCAUCAGUCCUUUACUCAAACUUUCUCCUUUACGGAAUUCGGUUUUGAGUCUCAGGACCAACGAAGGCAGAAUUCUGAGAUGAGGGUCGUGUGCCACGGGAUUCUUCAACAGCAAGAACAGAAAAAGGUGAAAAUCGUGGCUCACAUCACAGCCGGAUGCGACAGCGGUUAUGUUUGCAUGGUCUUCUACAAGCGAGAUUCCAACAUCAUCGAACUACAACAGACAGAAAAUUACGUGGAAAAUCCCGAUGAUGCCUGUCUUGAUUUCGACCCUAGUACGACUCCGUACACAACACUUAUCACAACAACGUUACAUCCUAAGAAGUGCCCCCAUCUCGGCCGAUACACUCUAGCGAGCAUUUCCACUCAGGCAAAGAAGAGGAAGAAGAGACAGCAGCCAGAUGAUGUGAAAAGCGCGAACAAUCCAGAACCGGACUGCGUUUCGCACGAUUACGAAGCCCUUGCUGUCGGAUGCAGCGGAUCUCAUGAAAUGGAAUUCAAAUCGAGCUGCUCACAGCAAGCAGUUAGCGCCUAUUCCUGUCACGGAAGUUGGGAGGAGAACGGUAUAACCUAUGUUAUAACCACCCCAGUGGCUCGAAAAUCGACGGAUGCUCUACGAUACUGUUUUAUUUACACUUUGGCCGAUGAGGCUAAAUCUGCGAUGAUUGAUGGAAUACUAGGGAAGGAAGGGCCGCCGAUUUUACGACUUUCCGGAGUGUCCGAGAGCUGCCACAGGAACAUCGUUCCUGGAGUCGGCGGCAACUGGGCUUUCAAUUUCACCAGCAAUGGGACCUGUGCCGAGAGUGACGAUGUCAACACGAGCCAGUUGUUGCUGCCAACGGUUUGUUUGGUAGCUCUGUCGGUGCUGUCGGUGAUAGUUUUGAGAUGAUGAAGGAAGGCGACGCUGCACACCUUAACCGAGUAUUAAGUGUAUUUACCGAACAGAAUGGAACAAAGUGGACUUUAGUGGAAAUUUAAGAUAUUUUUUACUUUUUAACUUGUAGAGGUAACGCAAACUACUCGAAACUGUACAGCUGAGGUGGCUUUUACGUCGGAGGGUUUAUUUUUCAUCGGAAUUGAGUAGCUGGUAACGUUCCCACGAUUUAGUUCACGCGUGAAGGUUACCGAGGCUGUAUUUUGUUGUUGGCAGUUUAGGAAUCGUUUUUAGAUAAUUGAGAAUUUACAUAAGGGCCUAAAAAGUUUUAAUAUUGCCGCACUGGGUAGGGUGCAUUGUUUCUACACGAUUCGUGACAUGAUAUGUAGUCAAUUUUUUGGAUUUUCGUGUGUUUAAGAAUCUUUUAUGCCGCAGCUGGGUAGGAGCAAAGGGCUGUUUUUGUGAUUUGUUUGGCUUUCGGAGUAUAAACUUAUUUAUUUCUAAUUACGUAUGUGUACAAUAUCGUGUAAAAAUGUUAUGAAUGGAUGCUUUUAAUUACACAGGGUGUACAAUAAUUUUGUUACGACGGGAGCUUACAGUACAACGAAAAUGCUUUUUUUAAUCUUGCCAAUUUAUAACAAUGUGUAUGGUGUAAUUAAAAGUGUUUUUUGUAUAUUUCUGAUGUUUUUUCAAAGUUUUUUUAUCGUUUUGAAUUCAUCCAUUUUUACCAAUAUUAUUACAAGAUGGUAAAUAAUAUCAAUGGGAUUUGAAAUGCGUGACCUUUCACGGUAGUACGAGUAUUUAAAUCUCGUACAAAAGGUGGUGGUGUCGCUAAUUUUGCUAUUUUAACAUUACGAUUCUUUGAUGGAGCUAAACAUUACAUUUAUUCGGUAUUACGUAUUGUGUAAAUAAAACUGUGAUUUUGACGAGGCAGCACAUUAGGAAAAAGGCAGCUGGCUAUUACAUUUUAUUGCCGCUAAUUUUCGUAGAAUAAUUUCACGUGAACUGGCUUAAAUUCGCCUCCGAAUUUGUAAAGUGACCAUUGUUAUUAUGAAUACACUAAAAGCGGAAUGUUUCAUACUCCGUAACAAAUGUACUAAUCAUAAAACGUUGAGUUUACUUUGAAAGUGUACGAAAACCAUUCAAUAUGUAUUUGUGACUGUCUUCUUGACGCCAAAGAUGCGGAUUUCAAGGACGUCUGCCCUUUGGUUUCCAAGGUGAUAUAUAUUUGGCAUAAAAUAUCAAACUUCUAAUUUUUCGUAAUAUUGUAUACAUAUAGAUGUUGCCUCCCUUAUACACUAUAGAAUUUAUUCUAAAUAUGUCUGAAAACCUGUUGUCUCUUAGAAAAAAAAAACAAAUAUUUAGAUAAGCAUUUUAUACUGAAGUCAGUAUUCUCAUUACAAUAGUAUAAAAAUUUUAUAUAUUUGGUACUUGAUAUUGCCAAAAAUCUUGUAUAAAUCAGAUGACACCAUUUAGUCGGAAUCUCCUUAGGCGUGAAACUAUUAUUAUAUCAAAAACUUCGAUAACUUAGCGAAAAAAAAAGACGGAAGCAGGGAUUCGAUUAAAUGGUUAUCUCACGAAAGGGUAUACAGAAAAAGUGGAGAGAGGUAUAUUUUAACAAAAAUGUAAAGAAUGUAAAUAUACGAUAGUGUCAGAUUAGAGAUAUAAGAAUGUUGACAGAAAGGAGGAUUUGGAUAUAUAUCGUUUUAGUGUACUGCAUAUUUUUUUAUGUAUUUAACACGUUUUUUCUCACACAGCCAAUUUUUUCAUGUAAUAUAAUGUUUAUAUAAAUAUAUUCUAGCUACGAUUUUUGAAACAUAUUCAUAAAAAAAACACAAUUGGUAGUUUUUAACUCAUACGUUAAAAAUUUGUGUCACAAUUUUAAUCGUACCGGUGGCGAUAUUCUCUGCCGCGUUCAGCCCCGAUUUUAAAGAACGUGAACGUGCUUUCAGUUUCAGAGUUUUUGAGUUUAUUUUUUGGUGUCGCUAUAAAAAAUUUUUAGAAACAGCCUGUUUUGACUUCAGAUUUUCGUGGAAAAAUCACAAAAUGCAAAGGCAAAAGCAAAGAAUGCAAAAUAGAUUCCAAUAGGAGGAAGAAGGAGCGUCCGAUAACAGAAACCUGUGAUGGUUUAACUGAGUGUCCAAAUAAAAAGGGACAUCGGCCAUAUAUCUCGGGAAAGAUCGUCUCAGUGCUAAGAAAAAAAAUUGAUCAGCAAAAGUGCUCAAGAGAAAUCACUAUAUAGAAAUUAUUUUUAAAUUCCUCAACUAUUUUUUUAAUUUAUGUUAACGCGGGCUGAAAUUAAUCAGAGUUUUCUUUAAAUAACAUCAUUUUGGUUUGUAACGCACCGAUACCUAGCCGUUUUUGAGAAACCGUUCUACAUUUUUUUUGGUAGUUUUAAAUAGAACGAUUUAUUUUUUAUUGCUUAGUUGACCAGUGACAUAAGCAAAUUUGUGAAAUAUACAUGGUAUAAGUCUUAAAUUAAAUACUUGGAAGGAGGUACAUAAUAGUAGGGUAGAUUGGAGAGUUCAUAAUUUCCCCCCCAACAAUUUUCAACUCCAGCCUCUCAUCGGUCAGUAUAGAC